AUGUCGAAUACAAACAGUGCGCUGUGUAUGGAAAGUGGUAUCAAUGUGGAUGUGCUACAGGACUCUGGAUUAAACCAGCUGUUGGAUUAUAAUGCAGAAUUACAGCACUAUCAGUCUUUUGCAAACUUCUACAAAACCAACAGAGCGUUUCAGCAGAGCGCUAAGAUUGCCCGCAUCACAACACCUAUCUACCCCAACACUCGGAUUGGAGUUUCACCCUGGACCUGUGAUAAUGUACUGUGGGGGCGCAAAUCAGCACCAGUACACCUGAACAGAAACCAGAACGACUCCCAGACACCUGAAAAACCCGAAUUGUUGCAAAUGAACAAUAACUUCCUGUCCACAUUAGCACCCGAGCACUGCAGGUCAAUAACAGAAGACUGUAUGAACAAGCUCAAAUGUGGCACCACUGCUGCUGAACAAGAGAUACUGAGCCCAGUCCUUUCUGCUCUUCCAGCACUAGGGGGCAUCUCAUUACCCCCUGGGGUUAUUGUCAUGACGACGCUGCACUCUGCCGCCUCUGCUGUAACAGGCUGUGCUUUUCAGAUUGCCAACCUGACAGACUGUCAACGCCGAAGCAGUAAUCAAAGUAAUCGUGCUUCCUCAUCAAUGUCUGGUGGAAACACCAAGAGAAAGAGAAAGAGGUGUGGUGUCUGCUCCCCCUGCAGGAGAUUUAUCAACUGUGGAGUCUGCACCAACUGCAGAAACCGCAAGACUGGCCAUCAGAUUUGCAAAUUUCGCAAGUGUGAGGAACUUAAGAAGAAGCCAGGGUCAUCACUCGAGAGAACGCUGAUGAGCAGUGGGAAGGCAUUUCGAUGUUGUUUUGGCAUUUCGAGUCCAAAACAACAAGACAUCAUGUGUAAUUGUCCCAUAAUUUACUGUAAAAGCACACUGGAACCAGAACCAGAAACCAAACCUCAGUGCUGGAGCAGAAACACGACAAAAACAGAUGAAUACAGAUCAAUAUAGGGAUCAGAACUGAAAGUGUGUGUGUGUGUGUUUAAGAAGGUGAUUAGAUAUCUACCUCACUGUCCAUAAAU